AUGCUAGCCCCGUACAGACGCAUAAUACUGCAGCGGUGGGCGCUGCGGACCGGCAGGCGUGUGUUCCACGCGAAGCGCUGGGUGGGUAGAAAGGAGCACCUCUGCUGCGAUUUUAAAAGACAUUUCGGCAACAGUUCGAAGGGUGGAGAGGUGAAGAGGCCCCGGGGGGAGGAGGCGAAUGGUGCAGAGAAGCCACCGCGCCGCAUCGUCAGCCGCAACAGCAACCGCAACCUGAGUGGCCCCCCCCCCAGGGAAGAUAUCACCCAGCAUGUCCAAAGCGAAUACGGCAUCUGCCCCAGCUCGGUCGAUGUGAACAUCCAACGAAAUGGAGAAAACGAUUUGUUCAAGUUAAGCAAAAGGUGGAGUGCCUUUUUCAAAUGUGAAAAGGACCUACACGAUGUGAUAAAUAAAUACAUAAAGACAAAUCAAAUGGACUACCAUUUGCAUGCCUACUUAAGGGGUCCUCCGAGUGAAGAGGCACAGGGAGGGGGAGAUGUGAAGGGCAGGCCACCCAAAAUGGAAGAACAAUUGAGGAACAUCCUAACCUAUAUAAUGUCCCUGUUUUACAAGCACAUUGAAGACUACAACGUGGUGUCUCUGUUAAGUGAGCGGAUUGUACGUUUACUGAACGGGGGGAGCUCCCCAAGUGACGCUCAUGAGGAUGCUCAUGCGGGUGCUUCUGCAGAUGCUACUGCAGAUGGGCGAGCCACGCAUGAGGGCAGUCCGCGCCUGGACAAGGCCACCAUCCUAACCACGCUGGAAGUGUACAAUUACGUGAACGCCAUGAACGAUGAACUUUUCGAUCGGCUGUUUUCUCUACUGAACGAAUGCUACGUGGAGGCAGCACCACCGGGGGGUCCCCUCACAAUCAGCGAAGACGAAGCUGUGCUUACUCUGAAAAGUUUGUACAAGCAGAAGUUUAAAAAUCAUCCCAUUGUGGAUACCAUCAUACGGUCACUUAGGGAUGCCCCCCAUUUGAGCCCACACCUUUCGGUGCACGCGCUGCUUUACCUCGCGUUGCUCUCCCGGAUGGAUAACAGGUCCCUUUGCAGGGUGAACUCUUCACUGUUUUGUGGCGAUCAGGUGGGGCCCCUGGGCGGGGGAGACCCCAGCGCAGCCGCGGAAGGGGGCAUAAAGGAGAUAAAGAAGCACAUAAAGAAGCACAUAGAGGAACACAUAGAGGAACACAUAGGGGAGCACAUCGAAGAAGGGACGACCAACCCAAACGCGGAGGAACCGCCCACCAGGGCUGAGAACCCCACAUGGGAAAAUCAACUUGAGCAGAUAAAAUUCAGAGCCCCCCUGUCAGCAACGGAUUGUAUAAAACUGCUCUACGGCUACUUCCUCCUGGGGGAAAACCACAUUAACUGGUUCGUCAUCCACAAGCUCCUUCUGCGAUUGCACGAGGAAUUGAAGGAUGAGGGAAAACUCCUUUUGCUACAGAAGGAGAGUAAAAAGGCACUUCACAUGGCAACCAUCGUGAGGACCUACUUAAGGUACAAAAAAAGAAGCCUCUACGAUAACUUGGCCAAGGAUGUCAAACGGAUGUUAAAGCAGCUGCAAAUCCUGCAUGCAGAUGAUGAACACACAAGAAGGAAGGAAAGGAAGUUCGUCCAGAAGGUAUCAUGGCAUUUAACAAAACUCCGCAUCGCGCAUGUGAAGAAUGGGUAUAAAGGUGGGAUCCCAUUAGACCUCUUGGAGAAGAGCAGAAAACUCGUGUGGCUGUGCUUCUCCUACCACCAGUACUACGUUAGGACGAUUGACUUAACCGCAGAGACCUUGUUGCAGAUGGAUUUGCUAAAAGCCAUGAAUUAUGGGAUUGCCAAAGUGCAUUACUAUCAGUUUUCCCGCAUGAAGGCAAGGAGAACUCGAUUCGAGUACAUACGCAUGUGCCGCUACUACACGCUGCGCGACCGCCGCAACUACGACGAUGAGUUCGAGGGGUGGAGCCUGCCCUACAUCAACUGGUACCACAGGAGGAACAAAAACGUCCACGUGUCCAACUACUUCUACGGCUACACCCCCGUCUCGCUCAUGCAGUAUUAG